AUGGUCUUGUUAAAAUUGUCAUUGUUAACUUUGGUGGCUUUGCAAGUGACUUCAGCUGUUCCCUAUGAUAAGUGCGAUAAACCCGAGAAAGAUGAAUUGGAAGAGUAUGGAAACGUUUUCAUUGAACAUGAGCAGAAGUACAAUUGGUUUGAGGCCUGGAAUGAAUGUGCCAUGCGAAAUAUGACCCUCAUGGCCAUAGAUACAGCCGAAAGGCAUGGAGUCAUGAAUUCAAUGCUACGUAAACGAUUCACUAAAUGUCCCAAUUUAUGGAUUGGCGGCAAUGAUCUUGGUGAAGAAGGAAAAUUCGUUUGGUCCCCGACUGGUAGACCUUUUGAAUUUUCCAACUGGCAAAAGGGACAACCGGAUAACUACAAGAGCAACGAGAAUUGUGUGCAUUACUAUGACAUAACGGAUUUUGAAUGGAACGAUGCAGCGUGUUCACUUAAAAUGGGUUUUAUUUGUGAGGAAAAUCGCUUCCAAGUGGCCGCACGUCGUGAUUUAAAAAUGAAAAAACAAUUCAUAGAUCAUUUGUUCGAAAUGUAA